AUGAUCCAAAUUUUUCAGGCAGCUGAUGUAUUCCUGCUAGCAUUCUCUCUCAUAAGCAGGGCUAGCUAUGAAAAUGUUGCCAAGAAAUGGAUUCCUGAGUUGAGGCAUUAUGCUCCUGGUGUUCCAAUUAUUCUUGUUGGAACAAAACUUGAUCUUCGGGAUGAUAAGCAGUUUUUUUUAGAUCAUCCUGGUGCAGCGCCUAUCACCACAAUGCAGGGUGAGGAACUGAGAAAACUUAUCGGUGCUCCAGUUUACAUCGAAUGUAGUUCAAAAACACAGCAGAAUGUGAAGGCUGUUUUUGAUGCGGCCAUCAAAGUAGUUCUCCAGCCUCCAAAGCAGAAGAAAAAGAAGAGAAAGGGUCAAAAAACAUGUUCCAUAUUGUGAUCUUCUCAGUUCUAAAUUGGUAGUUGGCAGAG